AUGGCGGACGGCGUGGAUCACAUUGACAUCUACGCUGAUGUGGGCGAGGAAUUCAACCAGGAAGCUGAAUAUGGUGGGCAUGAUCAAAUUGAUCUGUACGAUGAUGUGAUUUCUCCAUCGGCGAAUAAUGGAGAUGCCCCAGAAGAUCGUGAUUACAUGGAUUCUCUCCCACCAUCUGUUGGGGAUGACGUAGGUAAAGGAGCUGCCCCAAAUGUUGUCUAUACAUAUACUGGAAAAAGAAUUGCCUUGUACAUUGGAAAUCUUACUUGGUGGACAACAGAUGAAGACUUAACUGAAGCGGUUCAUUCACUGGGGGUAAAUGAUAUUUUGGAGAUAAAAUUUUUUGAAAAUCGUGCUAAUGGCCAGUCUAAAGGAUUUGCCCUAGUGGGUGUGGGAUCAGAAGCAUCCUCCAAAAAGCUGAUGGAUUUAUUACCUAAAAGGGAACUGCAUGGGCAGAAUCCUGUUGUGACUCCAUGUAAUAAACAGUUUCUGAGUCAGUUUGAAAUGCAGUCAAGGAAAACCACACAGUCUGGCCAGAUGUCUGGGGAAGGUAAAGCUGGUCCCCCAGGGGGAAGCUCAAGAGCAGCAUUUCCACCUAGUAAUAGAGGGCGAGGGCGUUUUCCAGGUGCUAUUCCAGGUGGAGACAGGUUCCCUGGACCAGCAGGGCCAGGAGGGCCACCACCACCUUUCCCAGCUGGACAAACUCCCCCACGCCCACCUUUAGGUCCUCCUGGCCCACCAGGCCCGCCAGGCCCUCCACCUCCUGGUCAGGUCCUCCCACCUCCAUUAGCUGGACCUCCUAAUCGUGGUGACCGUCCACCACCACCAGUUCUGUUUCCAGGACAGCCUUUUGGUCAGCCUCCACUUGGGCCACUUCCUCCCGGCCCCCCACCGCCAGUUCCAGGCUAUGGACCACCACCAGGUCCACCACCUCCUCAGCAGGGUCCACCUCCACCUCCGGGUCCAUUUCCCCCUCGUCCACCUGGCCCUCUGGGGCCACCCCUGACUCUUGCUCCCCCUCCACAUCUCCCUGGGCCACCUCCAGGUGCUCCACCACCUGCACCACACGUGAAUCCAGCUUUCUUCCCCCCACCUGCCAAUAGUGGCAUACCUACUUCAGACAGCCGUGGCCCACCUCCGACAGAUCCAUAUGGUCGACCUCCACCAUAUGACAGAGGUGACUAUGGGCCACCUGGAAGAGAAAUGGAUGCUGCAAGGACACCUCUGAGUGAAGCAGAAUUCGAAGAAAUCAUGAAUAGAAAUAGGGCGAUCUCAAGCAGUGCCAUUUCGAGAGCUGUAUCAGAUGCCAGUGCUGGGGACUAUGGAAGUGCUAUUGAGACCUUGGUAACGGCAAUUUCCUUAAUUAAACAGUCCAAAGUAUCUGCAGAUGAUCGCUGUAAAGUACUUAUUAGCUCUCUUCAAGACUGCCUUCAUGGAAUUGAGUCCAAGUCUUAUGGUUCUGGAUCCAGACGUGAGAGAUCCAGAGAGAGGGACCACAGCAGGUCACGAGAGAAAAGCAGACGCCACAAAUCGCGCAGCAGAGACCGUCACGAUGACUAUUACCGGGAAAGAAGCCGCGAGAGGGAGCGGCAUCGUGAUCGCGACAGGGAUCGCGACAGGGAGCGAGACAGAGAGAGGGAAUAUCGCCACCGUUAAAGAAGCUGAAGGAAGAGGAACAGCGUGCAAGACAAGAUUCUUCAAGGAAAGAUGCUUGUCCAGCAGUUUGCUUCAUGUGAAUGAACUGAGCCUGUAAGGAUUCAUGGAUAAAAUGAACAGGAAUAGAUCUGAAUAAAGCAGAUCUGCAUACAUGGUAACCAGUAGCUCUUUUACUUUUUUAUGUUGCUUAACUGUUUUGUUUGAGGGAAACCUGUGUGAUUUAAACCUUAUAGCUUUUGCAACCUUAUUACUGGUUAUAUACAUUUGGCAAUUAUAAUGUGCAAGCAAUUGGA